AUGGAGCAUACGAAGCUUGUUAAGAAUAAUUCGACAGCAGGAUAUUUCGGAAAUUUUCCCGUUGAGUUGAUUCAAGAAAUUAUGUGCCAUCUUGACUGGAAUAGCCUUAAAAAGAUGAUUCUGCUAUCAUCGACGUUCCUUUCAGUGUUCCAAGGGGCCGAAGAGACCAUCCUAUACCACAUUGCUGCCAAGAAACUGGGCACCGAUGUCCUUGAAGUUGCCCUGGUCCGGUAUGCCAGUACAAUUCCAGCUCUAAGGGAAUCUAUAGAUAUCCAAGUAGAGUCCCGGACGCGUCCCAUUGACACUACAGUUACUUUCAACGGCACUCAAAGAACCUUCAACACUGGCAGAUUUCGUAUGCCCGCAAAAUCAUUCACGGUGGAAGUCUUCCGCGAAAUUAUGUCUUUCCACGAGAAAAUAGCAAUGCUCUUGACGGAUUAUGAAGACUGGCUACUGGAAACCCAUGCGGCGUUCGAUGCUCAUUAUACUGAUUGGCUCACCCAUCGUACGCCUCGAGAGAAAGACCAUGUGGACAUAGCUCUAUAUACGGCGGAGAUAGCUAGGCUCCUUUACCCGAACGACUACAAUGAAACAUUUAAGACUCCGUUCAUAGUGAGAUUCGGAGUCGUCUCGGCAGAAUGGGUAAUUAUAGAACAUGAACCAAAAGACGACCCUCCUUUUGCAGUCACCGGUCAAAGUUUAGGAGAAUCUGAGCGCUUACUUGCACGCAUGGUGGGCUCUUUAGGAUGGGCCUUUUAG